AUGCACCAUGACUUGGAAUUUCAAAAAUUUAUGAAACGUAGAAGGAUUCUUGGUAGACGUAGUAUCAGUCCUCCAGUUGAACUGGAAGAAGAAGAACAAGAAAAAAGAGAUGUCUCUUCACCUCUUCCCAUUCCUAGCAAAGAAGUAACAGAGAGUUUAAGACUGUCGGCAGAUUACGAAGAAAAGGUUCGAGUCCUUAGGCUUUUAGAUUUAAAGCCUUUAGUUCCUGAUAAGAAAAAAGAAAAAGAGAGAAUUUGGAAGACAGUUCCUGAAGAAAGUAAUCAGAAGAAUGGGAUUGUCAAACCUAUCUGUGAUCCACCACAUAAAACUCCUUCAAGUAACUUUUUUAACUUAUUUCUAUAA